ACAGAGUGGUAGUAGUGAGAGUGAAAAUAACAAGGAAGUAGCAGCAGCUGUUCUAUCAGCAAAUUAGUAGUGACAUAAUAGUAACGUAGUAGUAGUAGUAGUAGUAAGGUAAUACUAACAUAGCAGUUGUAGUAGCAGUGGAAUGGCCGUGUGUUUGUGUUGCAUGUGAGAAUCUGAAAGAGGGAGGACUUAAUACUUAAUCAUGAAGAGUUAAAAACAAAAACAACACCAGGCAUACAUAUCGGUGGAUUAUAGUGUGUAUAAUAUCCUAAGAUCUGCUUAAAAACAAACUAACACCCGUCCUGAUGUCAGCACCAGCUGUGAUGGAAGACGAAGAUGAUGGCCACCACAUCGAGAAUUGCAAGAAACCGGACGACGAGGAGGAAGGAGGAAGAGCAGAGACAAUAAAUGGCGAUAGCAGCAAGGAUGAGGAUUGUUGUGAUGGUCAAAAGGAACCAGUUUCUAUCUCUCACCUCCCAGAAGAAUUAAUUGAGUAUAUUUUCUUCUAUUUGUCUCCCUACCGCGAUUUACAAUCUGCCAAGUUGGUCUCCAGACAAUGGUACCGUCUUGCCUUCGGUGUCAUCUAUCAGCGUGAACAGAACUUCCACGAUGCUAUAGCAAGUACCGAAGUGUUGUGGACGAAAUUGUUACCAGGGGAUGGCCCCACAAUCACAGAUCGCUAUUCUCAUUGUGCCUGCUACUAUGACAAGUCAUUGUACGUUUUUGGGGGUUGCACUUCGACCAACACCACCUUUAAUGAUCUAUGGGGUUUUGAUUUAGCCAGCCGACAGUGGGUGCGACCCCUGGCCAUGGGUGUUUACCCCUCACCAAAAGCCUGUGCUACUAUCGUAGUUUAUAAAGAUAGCCUGGUAUUAUUUGGCGGUUGGAGUCACCCAACACCAUCACCAUUACAUCAGGCAGCUUGUUUCUUCAACGAACUCCAUAUAUACACACCUUCUACGAACCGAUGGACAUGUGUAACAUCCCGCAACCUGCCGCAAUCCGUCGCUGGUCACUCAGCUUCCAUAAUAAAGGACACGAUGAUUGUCUUUGGUGGUUCACAUUUUCCUGGAACUGGGUCCAAUGAUGUUUGGUUGUUUGACUUUCUUGAACAAGACUGGCGCCGGAUAGAAAUCAGUGGACCGAAACCGAGCCCCCGUUAUGGCCAGUCACAGAUUGUCCUGAGUCACAAACACAUUCUUAUCCUUGGUGGUUGUGGUGGGCCAAAUCAGAUCUUCAAUGAUGCAUGGCUGUUAGUUAUGGAAUCUCAGGAUGAUUUCCAUUGGGAAGAGAUCCGAGUACUGCAGACGGAGUACAGUGCACCACAGCUGUGGUGUCAUCCUGCAUGUAAGGUGAAAGAUAUGGUGGUAGUUCUAAGUAAACCCUCAAAGACUAUGAAAUUGGUUCCCCGGUCUAGAUCGAAAUGGUCUCAUCAAAGAAGACAGUACGGCAGUGCAAAGACCAAUCGCACCGCAAACUCUGCUACUACAUCACAUUUGAAGUCAACACCUUGUUCGACAGAGCCUUGUGCCUCCACCUCAAACUCGUGGCCUGACCCAAUACCACAAUCCAGUUGUAUUGCUGAAGGAGACAACCCUGACAAGACGGCGGUCCGUGAGCAAGACAGCAUGGACACUCAAAGCGCAUUUUCGGUUUCGGUGCCUUCCUACAGGUCGCCGUCUUCAUUGUCAACCUCAAACCAACUCGCAGCAGCUGCCUCGUCUCACUCGCAGUGCACAGAUAGCUUUGAGUAUGGUUUCAGUAAUGUGCACAAAAAAUCGAACCCUCUUCUGUCUUCUCCGUCCAAUGGGGAGAGCAGUUCUGCUACAAACAGACAACAAGCAGAACAACGGGAACACAAAGAUUGCAGUGCAUCAAGUCGAAGCUUGCAAGCUGUUGGUGGUGGGGCUGCUGUCGGUUCCUCCAAUGGUCUCAUGCCUCCUGAGGGUGCAGCAUCAGCCAUUUCCCCCUCUUUGCUGUCUUACCCUCGUCCCUCUUCUCGUCAGAACCGACUUAAACAACUUGAGGUUCUCUGUCAAUAUGAAGAGAAAAUCUGGAGGAAGAAUCAAAUGUUACAACAACAACAACAACAGCAGCAGCAUCACCAUCGACCACAACCUGUUUCAGGUGUGUUACGCAGUCGAACUUCUGGACAGAGAAUGGCUUCUGGUAGCAACAGCAGCACUUCGACCACCAACAGCACUUCUUCUUCUACGAGCUACAAAGAACCUCGUUCUCUUAUGCAUGUACAUAACUUGGACAUUAGUAAAGCUAUCACUGAAAAGACAGUGACCUGGAGGGAAGUGCAUGAAAACAUCUCUGACUGCAUUCCUGAAGAGGCGAUCCUUUACUCAUUGGUGGAGGGUCGCGGUGAGCUGAUAAUGUUUGGUGGCAUACAGAGAGAUAUUAACACAAUGCAACGAGGCAUUCACAUAAGGCCUCGUGUCAGUAACAACCUGUAUGUACUCUCAUCUCCACAGCCAACAUUCUGAAAUCGUUCCAUUCAAAAUAUGAUGGGAAUUUUGGGGAUUUUUUUUUUGUUUGUUUGUUUAAUAUAGACACAAAAAACAAACAUGAAGUCUAUAAAGGAAAAAAAGAUCAUGUUCCUAUUUGCAUAAAAACUUAAUUUUAA